AUGUUACCUUUCCGACCAAUUCUUUCUGAAGAGGAAUCACGAGAGUUAGAAACAGUUGACGUAUAUGUGUCAGAUGUAGAACCACAAGAGGCUGGAAAAAAGUAUUGUCCAUCACACAAAGACCUCGAACAUGUGAAAAAGAUAAGAAGAAUUAACCAUGAAAACGGUGACUUGUCAACUUUUGUUGCAUCGUUUACCCAAAUCUAUAAUGUCUCUUAUCAAUCAUUUUCCCGUAUUACCGCAGGCUACACAUUGACGGCACUUCUCUGUCAAACUAACUCAAUUUCCGAAUCAGAUCUGAUAAAAUUGAUCACGGAAAACGGGUUGGAUAGCGUCAUAUUUCCUCGCGUCCAAUCCGUCUCAAAGCACAGAGCUUAUACGAGAGAACAGUUUGAUGCAUGGCGAGUGCUCUGGCCGCUUAAUUACCGAGAAGAUCCCAGACG